AUGGAUCUCUUCUUUGAUAAAGAAGCGCGUAUUAGAAAAUUUAAAUAUAUAUUAGUAAAGCUCAAAGACCUUAGAAUUUCUUUAAAAAAUAAUCUUGAUUAUAUUGGUGGAUUUGCAGCAAUUACUCGUCAACGAUCGAAAAUUUUGAGUAAACGAAUGUUCGAAUCUCAAAGAUUUAGUCCAAACGAUUGGUCUCAUCAAGAAUAUACAAUUUGGUUAAAACUUUUAGAAACUGUUGAACAAUUUUAUGCUUUUGCUUUAAUUCGUCAAAAUCAUAAAACUGAACUUAUAGAAUUUUUAAGAAAGCUGGGUAGGGAAGAUAAAGCUGAAAAAUUAAAUUAUGAUGAUAGUGCGGAGGCUGUUGAUAAGUUAUAUACUACAUUGUUAAAUAAUAUAAAGAAAGAUUCUCAGUAUUUUAAUCAUUGUAGAGGAUUUUUAUAUAAAGAAAGUCAUGAUAUGGGUCCGCAAAAUAAAAAAAUGGUUAGUCAGGAUGAUUUGGAUGAUUUGAAGACGGUUUUUCUAAAUCAUCAUAAAUUAUUUGAAGCUGUUACUAAUGAUCGUACUGUAUGGGCUCAAGUUAAAAAACGUUAA